UACAUCUGGUCACACUGGCCGAAACGCGAAGAUAAAUAAAGAAAUAAAUUGUUUAAUCCAAUUAAACCAGGCAAGCUGCAGGUUUGUCGCUUAUGUGUGGUUGUUUAAGGUUCUUCGCCAACACGCAAGUGCUCUUAUAAAUAGUUGGCUACCGGAUUUCAGCUUACUAACGAAGACGUCCAGGCUUAAGUUUCGAGGCUGUUUUAAUAGGGAUAUUAACCACAAAAGCGGGAAUCCCCGUAAAACUAUUGCAAUUCCAUAAUUACGCAUAAUUAAGUUCAAGGCCAAACGAAACUGCAACUGUGUGCGAGAUUAAAGAGAUGCAACGCAGUGCCUGAAAGGAAUUGAUCGCUGCCCGAAUCCUUGGAUCUUCCGCAUCCCACAUAUCCCACCAUGUGCUGCAAGUGCUGCGGGGAAACUCAACGCAAGGCCUGGGUCUUCGGCCUGGGAUCGCUCUUCCUAGUGCUCGGAAUACUCGUCGUGGUUUUCUGGCCCGGUAUUGCCGAUAACCUCGUGGAGGAUGGCCUCACCCUGAAGCCUGGCACCGACACCUACGACAGCUGGCUGGAGGCACCCAUCCCCAUUUACCUCAGCUUCUACAUGUUCAACUGGACGAACCCCGAGGACAUUAGAAACCCAAACAUCAAGCCGAACUUCGUGGAAAUGGGUCCGUACACCUUCUUGGAGAAGCACAAGAAGGAGAACUACACGUUCUACGAGAACGCGACGGUGGCCUACUAUGAGCGCCGGACGUGGUUCUUCGACCCGGAGAGAUCCAACGGCACCCUGGACGACCUGGUGACCGCUGCCCACGCGAUCACCGCCACGGUGGCGGACGAGAUGCGGAACCAGCGCAAGAUCGUCAAGAAGAUCAUAAACUUCAUGUUCAACCGCGAGGGCGGCGAGCUGUACACCACGAAGCCGGUGGGCGAGUGGAUCUUCGACGGGUACCAGGACAACCUCACCGAUUUCCUGAACCUGUUCAACACCUCCAUGAUCGACAUUCCCUACAAGCGCUUCGGCUGGCUGGCUGAUCGAAACGAGUCGCUGACCUACGACGGCCUGUUCACCAUCCACACGGGCACCGACGACAUAUCCAACCUGGGCCGACUCACCCACUGGAACGGAAAGCCGCAGACCGGCUUCUACGAUAUGCCCUGCGGAGUGGUCAACGGCACCACCGGCGACUUGUUCCCGCCCAAGAUGAACGUGAGGGACGAGAUCACGGUCUUCGCCACCGACGCCUGCCGCUUCUUGAACCUCCGGCCGCAGGGCACCUAUGAGAACCACGGCCUGACCGCCACCAAGUGGGUGGGCACCGAGGAAACGCUCGACUCCGGGGAGAACUACCCGAACCAGAAGUGCUUCUGCGACGAGGCGCGAUUCGGCGAUGAGUGCCCCAAGACGGGCGUCGUCGAGUGCAAGGAGUGCCGCGACAAGGCGCCCAUCUACUCCUCCUUCCCGCACUUCUACCUGGCAGACCAGUCGUACAUCGAUGCUGUCAGCGGAAUGAAGCCGGAGAAGGAGAAGCACGAGUUUUUCCUGGCCGUGGAGCCCACCACCGGAGUGCCUGUCCAGGUGCACGGCCGUAUCCAGAUCAACAUGAUGAUUGAGCCCGACGACGACUUCGACAUCUAUCGCGGUGUGCAGAAGGUCCUGAUGCCCAUGUUCUGGUUCGACCAGUACGCAGAGCUCUCCGCCGACCUGGCCUCCAAGGCCAAGUUGGCCAUCAACCUCUCCAGCUAUGGAAUAAUCUUCGGCUACUCAGUGAUUGCCUUUGGCAGCAUCUUCCUCAUCACCGGCAUCACGUUGACCGUGACUAAGAAGUGGGUGCGACGGGCCCCCGAGGACGAGGACAUGCUGACCAACUAGAUGUUAGUAGUAUUAAGCGCAGCCAAAGUGCCAGGACUUGUUAACUCCCCUAGUUCAUUCUGAUAGUCGCGACUCGCUUGUUGUUCGUUGCCAGUUACGCGUUAUGUAAUAUGUAAGUGAUACCGAUCGGCGUUCGUCUUGCAUCUUGUGAUAGCAAAGCCUACUCUUAACCUAACCAAUCCCUACUCUACCGGCAGUAUCAGGAUGCCGCCUACAAAUCAUUUCCAAGCCAAUACGUUCUGAUGGAGAUUUUACUUAUGGUAGUCGUUAAACCAAAUUACACUAAACUAAAACACACCAACACAA